AUGGCUAAAAAUCCAGAAAAUGUUAACACCCCACAUGAGGAAACUAAUCACCGUUCCAGGGUGGCUCAACUUGAGGGUGGCCCUAGUGCACGGACCACACGUUCCCAGAGAGCUGAACCCGACAUUGGUCCUAGUACGUGGACAACACGCUCAAGGAGAACUCAGCGUGGGAGUGGUUGGAACCCCAGGACGAGGAAUGAAGAGCUCAAUCGUGGAGGUGCCCAGCCUAUGGGAGAACGUACUUAUGAAACCGAAAAUCCCCGCCUGAGACACCGUCCAAAAGAGGCGCAACAUAGAAGCGCUGAGUUAGAACGUGAUGUAACCUCAGCCAGGGUAGCACAAGGGACAAAUGCUCAAACUCAACCUGAACCUGGAGUGAGGAGACCACGAGGUAGACCUCCUGGCUCACGGACCAGGAGACGGGAAAAUUCUCGGGAGGAACAAACUAGGGAAAAUGAGACGCCCCCUAAAAAUCAGGACAAACAACAAGAUGGGAGACAACCAGAAACUGAUGAACGGGAAGUCCCUCAUGAGAAUGAGGAGAAUCUUGGGACUCAACCGGGAGAACGGAGGUCACUUGCUAGAAAUCACCACUAUCCUUCCCAAACCCAUAGAGCGAGGACUCGUACAGACCUUGAUGGGGGGAAUACGACAAAUCGCUCUCAGGAGGAAAGAGCAGAGCGUGAAGAAGCAAGUGUGACUUUGAGGCGGUCAAGAACCCAUAGUCGAUCAACUCGAAGAGGAGGAAGUACUCAAUGA